AUGCCAAAGUUCCGAGAACUGGGAGCCCCCAAGUGUCGUGAUUCUCUCAACACUACGACUCCUGACCAGAACUCCCUGAUUGCAAAGAGAUACAGCAUCCAGCAAAGACUAGGCAGGGGCAGUUUUGGUACUGUAUACCUUGUGCGGGACACCAAAGCUGCGUUUGGAGAGCACCUUAAAGUCCUGAAGGAGAUCCCAGUGGGAGGCUUGAAUCCCAACGAGACUGUCCAAGCAACGCAGGAGGCUCAGCUCCUGUCCCAGCUCCACCACCCCGCCAUACUUAAGUUCUACACCAGCUUCUUAGAGAGGGAUGCCUUCUGUAUAAUCACAGAGUACUGUGAGGACAGGGAUCUGGACUGUAAAUUAGAAGAACUGAGGGUAGCUGGGCAGAGCCUGUCUGAGAAACAAGUGACUGAGUGGCUGAUCCAGCUGCUCCUGGGAGUUCACUACAUGCACCAGAGGCGGAUACUUCACCGGGAUCUAAAAGCUAAAAAUAUUUUUUUGAAGAGGAACAUUGUUAAAAUAGGUGAUUUUGGGGUUUCCUGUCUGCUCAUGGGAUCAUGUGACCUGGCCACCACCUUCACUGGCACUCCUUACUACAUGAGUCCUGAAGCCCUUAGUCACCGGGGAUAUGAUUCCAAGUCUGAUAUCUGGUCCUUAGGCUGUAUUCUCUAUGAGAUGUGCUGCUUGGAGCAUGCCUUUGAGGGACAUAAUUUUCUGUCAGUAGUCAUGAAGAUAGUGGAGGGCUCGAGUCCAUGCCUUCCGGAUACAUACUCCAGAGAGCUCAACUCAAUAAUGCAGAGUAUGUUGGAGAAAGAUCCUUUGUCUAGGAUCUCUGCAGCAGAUGCACUGAGGACAAAAUUCAUUGAGGAGAACAUGCAGAGUAUAAAACACAAGUUUUCCGGUCUGACUCUAAGAGAUAGGUGCUCUGGAGGGAACACUGCACAAAUUCUCAGAGCAGUACGGAAGGUUCACCUGCAGACAUUGCGGGAGAGGUCAGAGGUGCAGAAGAUGACCCCGAGAGAGCGCAUGAGGCUCCGGAAGCUCCAGGCCGCAGACGAGGAGGCCAGAAAACUCAAGCUAGUUGCUGAGGAAAAGUAUCAAGAAAAUCGUCUUCGCGUUCAAGAAUUUCGGUCUAGAAAUUUCCAGAAAGUCAGUGUGGAUGUUUUAAAUGAGAGGGAAGAAAACACUGCAUGCCAAAUUCAACAAGUCACGGCCCAGAGAAAUACCCCAACAGAGCACCCUGGGCCAAUGGGAGAUCAACUGUGCACAUCUGAAUCGUUGGGCCAUGACAUUCCUGAAGAUCCGCAGAGUGCAGAGGCUUAUUAUUAUGAAGAGAGAUUUGAGUCCUGUUCUGAGGAAGAGGAGGAGGAGGAGGAGGGGGAAGAGGCCCCUGAGGAGCCCGUGCCAUCAGACACCUUUCAUCAAACGUUCGGACAGGACAGUGACCUGGAGGCCAUGAUCAAACAUAUGAAGAAUGUUCUAGAAGGUGAUUCAAGUGGAGCUGCGAGUGUUGCACCAGAGAGAUCAGAACCUCUAACAGCUGCUCAGGGAACCCGCGGCAUUAACUGUACCAUGGUGAAGAGCAGAAUACAGCGCAUGAGGGAGUCAGUGUGCCAGAGGCUGGGAGGGGAAACAUUCCAGAAGGUGUAUGAUUACCUGAAGCAGGCCAGGGACAGGAGUGAGAGUGAGGGCCAUAUCAGAGAAGCUCUGAGUAGGCUGGUGGACAGGCCCAGUGAUUGCUUUGAGGUGGAUCAGCUGCUCUACUAUGAAGAACUGCUGCAGGACUCACAGAACACAACAUGCUUUGAUAAGGCCCAAGCAGGAGCAGGGCUGACCGAGCAGAGUGGCUCAUAG